AUGCCACUGACAGAAGCGGCCGAGUUGCCAUGUGCUCACCAUGGCGGCGAUGUCUGCUUGGGUCCUGGAUGUUGUCUGUCUGGUGUAUGCCAAGGCCGGACAGCCCUACACUUGGCCGCCAACGAGGUCUCCGGACCAAGCAACAUAAUGCGGAUGCUACUUGAGGCUAGGGCAUCGCUCAUGGCCAAAGAUGUAACUGGUUUAACGCCCAUGACAUUGGCCUGCCAAUCAAACUGCCAAGAAGCAGUGGCAGUUCUGCAGAGUGUGAUGGCAGACCAGGCAGAGAAAUUCAAGGACGAGGCCAGAGAAGAGUGGAACAAAUUUGUUUUCGAGAUCAAGGCACUUUGGGAGAGCAACAAGUUGAAGCAAGUCCUGGAGAUCCAAGAGCAACGAUUUGGCAAGGAGGAUAGAGACACCCUCAGCACCAAGAUCGAUCUGGCGGCUGUUCUGCAGCAGCAACAUCUUUGCUCCGCCCAAGGCAUGAAAUAUAAGGCCUGGCACCGGGAACAGCUCCGUGGUGUCUCAUGUGCCUGUCAAUUUUGGCUGGUAAUGACGAUUAAUGAAGCAGUGGAACCAUCAUCAAAAAGGUCAGGGGAAUGA